ACUACAUAUUUGUAUGGAUUUUCUGCCUAUAACUGAAAACCAUAAAAAUAUGAACUUCGAAACUAAAGACAGGGAAUGUCACGUGAUUAACAAAAUGUCUGCGCCCAUGAAUUUCAUUUCCAGUAAAUCCGCUGGCCUAAUUGAACGAGACACAAAUGGAGAUGUUUUAUGGACCUGGUCCUAUCCAAAUGUUUCAGAAGAAGAAAGAAACUUUUUUCUUCAGAAGAGUCAGUUGACCAUGACUACAGAUGGGAUAGUUCCUUUUAUAUAUAGUCAGUGGAGAAGAAAUUGGUAUUACAUAAAGACAUAUCAAGUGACAGAAGAGGAUCAUUUAUCAAGAGUAACACAUUUUUCACUAGUCCUGGUGACAAAAGACUUCAAUCCUGAAAAAUAUGAAGUACUCUGUAAGAUUUUAUGCAUGAAAUACAGAAAAACAGGAAAUCCAGCAUCCAUGUUAGAGCUAUAUUUACAUGUUUUAACAAGGGGAUCAUGUGCUACUGAUGAAAAUGGUCGAUUUUCUGUUAGAGAUUUUGAUGUAAAAAGAGCUUUUAUCAAUUCAAAAAUAAAAGAUAUAGUAACCACAUUUGGAUUAGAAACAAUACUCAUAUAUACAGCUUUAUUAUUAAAGAAAAGAAUAGCUGUCUAUUAUCCUCAGAACCAAUUAGAAGAUUUAUUACAGUUUAUUAGAUCCUUGCCUGCCUUUGUAUGGCAUAGACAGAAUUGGGAUAUAGCCUAUCCUUAUGUAGAACUUGAUUCUACAGAAUUAGAAGAUUUAUCACAGAAAAAUAGUUUUGUAGCAGGUUUUACAGAUGCUUCUAUAGAGGGAAGGACAGAUUUAUAUGAUAUAUUUGUUAAUCCUUCGACCAGUCAGAUAACUACAGCCACUCAUGCCAAAGAAUCAUUUGCCAUGGGAAAACUUCACAAAGAUACAGCUAUGUUUAUGGUACAGUGUGCUGAUAAAGAAGAUGUUACAGAUGAACAACUAAUUAAGGAAGUAGCUUCCAAAACCAGAGAAUUAAUCAACAACUUAAAAUCCUUAUCAGUGACUGGGGAAGAUAAUAAACAAUAUAUAACAAUAGAAGUAUUAAGAGAAAGAAAGAUGACUCCUGCCACAGAAACUUUUCUAUUCAGUUUAGCAGCUUGUGAAGGACUGGUGCAAAUGUGAAUAAUUUUAUAAAGCAAAAUACCCAAAUGGUGUCAAAAUUAUUAAAAUGCUAAAUGUAUAAACACUCCCCCAUGUGUUUACAAAUGUAGUGUAUACUAUUUCUACCAGAUAUACAAGUAUUUUAGUUUUUAAAAGAUGGAAAGGAAUUUUAUUUCUGAUUGAUUCUAAUUGCAAGUAAGUAUAUGAACCCCAUUUUUAAACAAAUUCGUUUGACUUUAUUUUGUUGGAAGAUAAUUAAUUUGUACCAACUUUUAAAUGAAAAAAAUCACCUAUGAAUUGUUUUUGAAUAUGAUAAAUAUACAGCAAAAAUGCAUUCUUUUUUCUUCGAAAAUCAUGUAGUUCUAAUUAAUAUGAAUUUUUUUUUCAAGAAAUGUUACACAGUUUCAAAGCAAGUUAUAUAAAGAAGAUAUCUAAAUAUCCUUGCAAAAUAUUUAUCUUUUGAAACUACAAGAUUGGAUAUAUCUGUGCAGAAGAUAAAAAAAAAAAAAAAAGAAAAGAAAAUUUGAGUAAAAACAUAAAAUUUUAACACAAUUUAUCUCACAUAUAGGUAUUUUUUAUUACAAUUUAGAAAAGGAAAAACAUGAAAAUAUAGCUUCAUUACAAGUUGAGACCAUUGGCCUAUACAUGUAGUAUCAAAACUGAAUGGUAUGCAAGAUACUUUAAUAACCUUGUAAUGUAUUACCGGUAGAUAAAAUUAUUUAACCACCUCAAUUUAUGUAUGUUAUUGUUAUAAAAAUUAUUACUAAUAUAAAUUGUUAAAAGUAAAUAUUUAAAAAAAAUAUCAUUAUUUAUAUAUGUUA